GUUUGACAAGUUAAAAAAAAGAGAAAAAGAAAAGAAAACUCGACCACGCCCAAACAACUACUAUGAAUCUUUGUAUUAAGUAACAAGUAUAAUUUUCUUAUACUACAUUAUACACCCAGCCCCUUUUCCAGCCCCUUUUGAGUUUCUUUCUUAUUCGACUCGCAAGAUCUGGCCUAGCAACUUUCAUAGUUGGUCUAGGAAUAUUACAUUAACCAUUUAAAACGGGAGGGCAAAUGUAACAUCCCGCAAACGCAUGGACAUGGCUGCCAAUACUGCAUAUCCGGGCUUGGUAUUGAAUGCCUCCGUGUUCUCACCGGAAGGCUUACUGUUAUAUCUGACGCCGCUUAGCGCAUCCAAUUCCCUCAGGCUAGCUAAUAGUUUCUCUUAUCCCCUCCCCUGCGUGCCCCUUCAUUUCCUGUUUCUUAAACUCCUAUUUAAUGUUAUUAUUGCCACCGACUCUGACAAGGCCGGGGGACCUCUAUCGUUAAUAUUUGCCCUGCCGAGUUUCGGACGUACGCGCUACCCUCAAAACAACAAACAUACCUGUUUAAUUAAGUUCUCACCGCUCUGACAUGGCAGACGAGUAUCGCAGCAUCCCUUCUAAGCAUCCCCUGC